AUGGCAGGUGUGACAUCUGAGAAUGAGAUUAUCAAUGUUCAGCUUAGACUGCGUGGAGGACAGCCCAUGGAAGACGACCCAAGCAAUGCUACCCAAACAGAAGCUGGAGAAGCACAUACCAGCUCGUCCGCCAAGAGACAAGUUACAUCUGACAGAGAUCCUUUGAAAAGGAUGAGAAGGGUAAAGGCCAUGGACAUGGACCACAUCCGAAUAAAGCUCAUGGAAGGAUGUAAAUGCAAGCACAGUUGCCACAUAGAAGUUGAUGAGAUUGCUGUCCUAGAUUUUCGACAACGAGUCCAUGUGUUGCCGGAGGGCCCUAUACGACAAACAAGGCUCCUGGAACUCUACAGGACAUGUAAAGUCCAUGUGGAAGGACAAGGCGAGAAGUAUCUGGUUAAUGGAGCAUUUGUUUGCAUGUACACCUGGUACGGCAUUUGCCUUGGGAUCUCCCGGUCCAGUCAUUACCGCAUAAUGGGCGAUCUGAACCUUGGUUACUAUGCUGUUGAGAGGCAACCAGCACUUGAAGGAAACCUUGGAGCAAAAGGAAGUAUAGCCAAAGGCUUCCUGCAAGCAUAUAUCACAACGAUGGGAGACAGAAGCCCUGACAGCCGAAGGAUUCUGUUACCUGUGGGGCUGACAAGGACUGAGAUCUACUUGCAGUAUAAGGACCAGCACAAAGUUGCAGCAGUCACCCUCUCGUAUUUCUGUUCAAUUUGGCAGAAACACUUCAAGCAGGUUUCUAUCCCAAAGGUGCAAGAUGAAUUCUCAAGAUAG